UUUUAGGGCUUCCGGGUUCAGGUCCAAAUGUGGCUGGUAGAGUUUCCGGUUACCGCCACGCUCUUCUUGCUGCUUGGCUCGAAAGAUGUGCUCAGUUUAAUUUCAAAAAUUAAUUACAUCGUGGUUAUCAAAAGCUGUUUCAGAAAGCCAUUGUAUUACCGUACAAACAGCAAGUUUCAUAUAGCAAUUCACAAAUCCAAAAAAAAGUAACAAUUUUUAUAAUGACUAAGGCAAAGCCCAUAACGCCUAAGAGCCAGGCUUCAACGCCUAAGGGAAAUUUGAAGGGAGUUAAAAAUACACCGAUUAGUAAAAAUAAAACCCCAAAAUUCAAGGCUACUCCUACUGGAAAGGUUCCUCUGAUUAAUGGAACACCCAAAGGUAAAGGUAAACAGAAUGCAGGAAAUAUUACUCCUAAAGUGAAGCAAAACUCGCCAUCAACUACUCCCAAGAAUAAAGGCAACAGCAAGCCAAACACCCCUAACACCAAGCAAACACCACCGCAGGGGAAAAAAAACACCCCUAAGGUCAAAACUCCAGGACAGAAAGCUACCGAAGAGCAGCUGCAGGCAAAGAUUGCUAAGAUUAUAAAGAAUGCUGGAGAUGAAGAUGCGGAUGAUUCAGAUGAAGACAUCAAUGAAGGAGUUGCAAUAAAUGAAGAGCUUAGUGAUGAAGAGAAUGAUAGUGAUGCUGAAGAAGAAUCUGAGGAUGAUCAUGGCAUUAAAAAUCUUUUGGGUAACAGUCUUGCCGAUGAUUCUGACGACGAUGAUGCAGAUUUUGAUGAUGAUGAUGACGAUGAGGAAGGUGAUGAAGAGGUUGAGAACAAGGGAAUAAAGAAGUUCAAGGGAUCAAUCGCCAAUGCUGAAGCGGAAGCAGAAGAUGAUGACUCUAGUGAAGAGGAUGAGGACGACGAUGAUUCCUUAAACGAAUCUGGACCUGGAUUGAAAGCGUUAUUGGGUCAGAGUCUUGCAGAUGAUGAUGAUGAUGAAGAUUUUACUGAUAAUAAUGAAGAGGAGGAUGAUGACGAUGAUAUCAGUGACGAGGAAGAGGAUGACGACCAGGUAUCUCCUAUUAAGAAAAAACAAAAGGUAGCAGCAGCUGGCGAUAAAGAUGAAGAUGAAGAUGAAGAUGAAGACGAAGACGAAGAUGAAGAUGAUGAUAAUGAGGAGGAGGAGGAGGAUAGUGAAGACGAUACAGAGACUUCGAAACUUUCGAAUGUAGAAAAUGAUUCUGAAGAUGAUGAUGAUUCCAAUGAAGAUGACGAUGAAGCAAAAUCUCUGGAUGACUCUCUAGAUCAACAAAUUUCACCGGAAGAACGUGCAGAAAGAGAAAAGCGGUCAAUAUAUGUCGGUAAUCUUCCAACAAAUGUAGAAUCAAAAAAACUAGCAACCUUGUUCAAACAGUUUGGACCAAUUGAUACCAUCAGGCUGAGAGGAGCUUUUGGCAAAGAUGCUAAGACUUCUAAAAAAGUAGCUAUAAUCAAAAGGGACUCUCUUCAUCCAGAAUUGAGUGCACUUCAUGCUUAUAUCAGAUUUGAUUCCAAAGAUUCCGCACAUAAGGCACUCGCACUUUCUGGCCAUAAAUUUGAUGGUAAUUAUCUCAGAGUCGAUUUGGUAAGCGGCGAGGGCCCAAAACCUGAUAUGAAAAAGGCUGUGUUUCUCGGAAAUUUGCCAUUCAAGGUUGAUGAUAACACAAUAUGGAAUCACUUUGCCGAUUGUGGAAAAAUCACUUCCGUUAGAAUCGUCAGAGACCGUAAAAGCAAGUUUGGCAAAGGCUUUGGCUACAUAAACUUUGAGAGCUCAGACUCCGUUCCUUUGGCGCUUAAACUUAGUGGUAGCAACAUCCAGGGACGGGAGAUCAGAGUAAAAAUAUGUUCUGAGCAACCUUCAUCUCCUAAGACAAAAUCAGGCGGCCAGAAAAGGCCUCGUGCAAAUUCGAAUAAAGGUAGUUCACCAAAGAAGCGCAAAGAGAACUCUGGGGAUGCUGUUGUAGCAGCUACUCAUAACAGCGUAAAUGCUGAGCGAAGAAAAGAUAAAAAUAACAAGCGAUCUCAAGGCGAGCAGCAGAGGGGCAUAAAAAACGGAAAGGCACCUGUUAAGCCUGUUGGCGGUGGUGGUUUUCAAGGGCAAAAGGCUGACAACAAAAAGAAGCAGAAAUUCAAUAAGGGCGAUGUAAAAAAGAAGCAGGUUGCUGCUAAAUUGGCUGCUAAAUCUAAGAAACCUUCCACAGAUUAAGUUUUAUUAAUAGCUCAUAACUCAGUGUAACUUUUUUUUCACAGUGUUACAUUGUAUGUUUAUCUUUUAUGCCAAGUAAUUGGAUCUAAAAACCAUCCCGAGUAAUAAAUGUAAGAUGAUCGUUUUAUUAUUACUAUUAAGUUACAGUUUUGUAUUAUUCCAAUUCUGCAAUUAACAUAAAUUUUAAAUGUGUGAAUGUGACAGGUAAACUGUAUAUAAAAUACUGAAGAGUGUGUUUGCAUUCAGAUUCUGUGAAGCCCUUUUUGAACGAAAAUAAAUAUUCUUACUGGUUA